AGGAGCGAGGGAGGUGCUGACAGAAAAAGGCAAGCCAGCGGCUAACCCAGGGCCAGCUCCCCGGGAGGCAGGAGGUGCAGUUGGCCUUUGACAAGAGGCGAGCCCCUCGGAGGCUUGAGAGGGCUGUAAUUAGGGUCAAUGGGCGUUCUUCUGGAUAUUCAGCAACACUUUGGGGUCAAGGACCGCGGCGCCGGCUUGCUGCAGUCAGUUUUCAUCUGCAGCUUCAUGGUGGCCGCCCCCAUCUUCGGCUACCUAGGUGACCGCUUCAACAGGAAAGUGAUCCUCAGCUGCGGGAUUUUCUUCUGGUCGGCGGUCACGUUCUCCAGCUCCUUCAUCCCCCAGCAGCACUUCUGGCUGCUGGUCCUCUCCCGCGGGCUGGUGGGCAUCGGCGAGGCCAGCUACUCCACCAUCGCGCCCACCAUCAUCGGUGACCUCUUCACCAAGAACACGCGCACACUCAUGCUGUCUGUCUUCUACUUCGCCAUCCCGCUGGGCAGCGGCCUGGGCUACAUCACCGGCUCCAGCGUGAAGCAGGCAGCCGGAGACUGGCACUGGGCCUUGCGGGUGUCCCCCAUCCUGGGCAUGAUCACAGGAACGCUCAUCCUUGUCCUGGUCCCGGCCACGAAGAGGGGCCACGCUGACCAGCUUGGGGGGCAGCUCAAGGCACGGACGUCAUGGCUCCGGGACAUGAAGGCCCUGAUCCGCAACCGCAGCUACGUCUUCUCCUCCCUGGCCACGUCGGCCGUGUCCUUCGCCACAGGGGCCCUCGGCAUGUGGAUUCCGCUCUACCUGCACCGCGCCCAAGUCGUGCAGAAGACGGCAGAAACCUGCAGCAGCCCGCCCUGUGGGGCCAAGGACAGCCUCAUCUUUGGGGCCAUCACCUGCUUCACGGGUUUUCUGGGUGUGGUCACGGGGGCAGGAGCCACGCGCUGGUGCCGCCUGCGGACCCAGAGGGCCGACCCGCUGGUGUGCGCUGUGGGCAUGCUGGGCUCUGCCAUCUUCAUCUGCCUCAUCUUCGUGGCCGCCAAGAGCAGCAUCGUGGGGGCCUAUAUCUGCAUCUUCGUAGGGGAGACGCUGCUGUUUUCUAACUGGGCCAUCACCGCGGACAUCCUCAUGUAUGUGGUCAUCCCCACCAGGCGGGCUACUGCCGUGGCCCUGCAGAGCUUCACCUCCCACCUACUGGGGGACGCCGGAAGCCCCUACCUCAUUGGCUUUAUCUCUGACCUGAUCCGCCAGAGCACCAAGGACUCCCCGCUCUGGGAGUUUCUGAGCCUGGGCUACGCCCUCAUGCUCUGCCCCUUCGUCGUGGUCCUGGGUGGCAUGUUCUUCCUGGCCACCGCGCUCUUCUUCCUCAGCGACCGUGCCAAGGCUGAGCAGCAGGCUGACGAGGUCCCUGCCCAGCACGUCCGGCCCGCCGGCCCCCGCGAUGCGAUGCUCCAGAGCAGUGCCCGGGCCCGGCCCCCGCUGAUGUGCCACCUUGACCCCCGCCCGUCUCUCCCCCAGGGUGAACCAGCUGGUGAUGCCUCCCGCAUCCGUGAAAGUCUGAGGCAGUGCCGCUGGGAUAAUGAAGGACCCCGACUCCUGCCUAGUCUGGGAGGUGUCCCCCGGCACCCUGGCCCUGCCAGGCUGUCCCGAAGCUUCCCUUGUGACCCACAGCGGGGCACCCACCAGCUCUGGUCUGGUACUGCUGAGUGGCAGUGGCUCCAAGAAGCUAUGUCCUCAACUAAGCUGGAAGGCUGUGUGUGCUGGAGCCAUGCCCUGGGACAGGCCGCCCCCAGGCCCCGGUUUGGGCCACAGGGGCCCUGGGGUCCUGGAAGAAGACAGCCCCCCAUGGGUGUGUGGGGAGAGGUUGGCCUGUCCCCAGCUUAUGUGAUCCUGGGGCAGUCUCUGCCUUCCCCAGACCCUGGGGCCAGGGGACUGGACUUUCCCACACAGCUUGCUGGGCAAGGUGCUGGCUGCAGCUUUGAAGACCCAACAGCCCCUGGACUACACGGAGAGGAGGGGGUCCAGGCCUCAGGGCGGCACUUCUGGCUCCCCAAGGGCGGGGUGCAUGAGGACCUCUGACCUUGAGGACAUUGGACUCAACCCGGCCAAGAGCUGGGCACCCAAGCUGCUGGCGCUUCCCAGCCUGGCUGGUCACUCUGGAGGGUACUGGGGCUGGCUGGAGCCCGGAGGUCUCCCAGGUGGGGGACCACGCUGACAGGGAGCUGGCGUCACCGGGAGUGAAGGCCCUGGUGGCAGCGACGUACCACCUGUGCCCCAUGCUUGAGAGCUUUGGGGCUUCCCCGCCCCUACAGGGUUCCUUGGAUCCACUGAAGCACCCCCACUGUCCAUCCCCACAGAAGCCAGGAACUGACUCCUGCCCCCAGGCUGGGCCCCUUCCAGGGGCAGCGCCCAGGGGAGUAUUCCCAGAAUCCGUGGGGCAGUAGCCAGGGCUCUGGCUGCCAGAGGAAGCGGCCAUCCUCCAGGCUUCCUGUCCCUGGGCAGAGCCUGGUGGAGGCUGAGGUGCAUCGGGAGAGGCCAGCACUCAAGAGUCACCUCCCUGCGCAUGUCAGCCACUCAGUUCACACGUUUCCAUGUGGCCCAGACCCCCCUCCCCGCCCGACCACCAGGGUACAGCUGCCAACUUCACAUCAGACCCCCUCCCCCGCCCCUGCUUGCCCCGCUCUGCUCCACACUCCCUCCCCACCACAUCAAGGUGGUUCUGGUCUGGUGGGUCCCGUGGGGCUGGCAGGAGAUCCUAAGAGCCAGCCAGCUUAGUGCUCUCUGCUCAAGUUACUGGUUGGCGUGGCUUCAGGGGUGGGUAAGUUGGUGGAGCACCCACUCCCCACCAAGCUCUGGGGUACCCUGGGAGGGGGGCUUAACCAGGGGGUGGGAUUCCCCCGAAGACCAGCCUGGCCUCCACUCCCACCCCGGCCUCAGCCCGGGGCCCCAGCGAUGUUUUCUUGUUGUACAAGAACCAGGUCCAAGUGCUGCUUCCUCUUCCUUCCGGAAGCCAAACUGCUCCUUUAUUUUUUAGAGCUGCUGAUUGUGAAUCUCAGAGUCUUAAGAGAGAAGCCAAAUAUAUUCCUCUUGUAAAUGAAGAAAUAAAGCUAUUUAAGU